UGUGCGCUGCUACUGCUACGGAUAUUCCAGCGGCCAUUUUUUUUGUUUACGAGACGCUAUCUCGUCCCAUGUCUUUUCUGUGUAGCGUCUUCUCAUCCUCUAAAAUUCGCUCUCGUUCCUAUUUUUAGACGCGUACAUUUUUACUUAAAUAUUAUUAUUUUAUAUUGUUAGAAUAUAGUUUAUUUUUUCACGUUUUAAGAACUAUUUUAAGCGUUUAGUGUUAAUAUUCUGUUAAGCGGAAGUAUAAACGUACGAAUCGAGAUGGCAGACAACCAACAGCAAAACGGGUCGCAACAAUUUGAAAACAUAGAUGGACAGCAUCAGCUAAACGGCACCGCCGACAGUUCCAGCAUGAACAAUGAUUCUGGACAGUUUGAAUGCGUCCGAGACGACGAUAGGUCAGGAAAAAAAAAAAUUGUCAUUGUUUAUCAUUGUGUAAAUCGCCGUUUCGCCCCGUGUCUGUUGAUACGCCUUCGGUGCAUGCUGACGACACGGGGCUAACCAGUUAUUUAAAAAAAAAAAAAAAUUAGCCAUUCAAAUAACAAAUGGUCCUCAUUUUAUGUCGAGUGACAGAGUCCCGACAAUUGUCGAUCAUUAUUAUUCCCUGUGAAAUCGUGUUUUAAUGGCGUAUUCAAUAAUAUUAGGUUAGGAUCCGAGUGCAUCGUUCCGAUAAUAGCAUUAUUAUUCAGAAAAAUAAGUUACAAUGAGUUUACUUUUAUGUUUUCACGUUUGGCAUUUAAAAUAACUUUCGAAUCAUCAGUGAUGAUGGUUAUCGUCAUGAUAACCUUUGUUGUAAACACAUUAAAAAUACAUUUACAGUUUCCCGCACAUUCUAUGCUCUCCUAAUUUUCUACUAAUUUAUUAUUUCUAUUGUUAUAAUGUUACAGAAAAAUAUUUGUCGGAGGACUCAAAGGAGAGACGACAGAAAGUAAGUGUCCAAAAAUGAUUGUUUUAUAUAAUAAAAAAAAUCAAGGGUAGCUUUUUUUUUUUUACAUUUUAGAAGAUUUAAGCGAACACUUUGGUCAAUUUGGAGAAAUUGAAAAUAUUAAUGUAAAAGUAGAUGCUGCCACAGGUCGAGCGAGAGGGUUCGCUUUCAUUGUAUACAAAACUAUGGAAGGCCUAGAUAAUGUUAGUAUAACAUUUUAUUCUUAAUAAAAAGGAUUGUGUAAGUAAUUCUUUAUUAUAAAUAUAGUUAAACCCCCUUUCAGAUUUCUUCGUAUAUAUUUUUGAAUACAUGCUGAUCAGAGUUUUGCAAUCUGAAUUUACUUUAAAAACUAGACUUAAUAAUACAAUGCAAGUGAAAAAUAAUAAUUGACACAGUUUUUUGAAACCUAGAAAAAAUUAUAAAUAUAAACAAUGGUGUUAUGGUAGUUUGGCAAAAACUAUUAUUAAAGAAAUUAUAGCUAUUGAAAUUUUUUCAUUUGUAUGGUUUUUCAAGUUCUACAUGGCUCUUGAAGUAAGCGAAAGGAAGUAGUGAAGUUCAGGUUUACAUUUAAGACACUAUCCUCUUUGCAAUAGUAUUAGGUUGAAAUUUAGGUUAGAUAAGUGAGAUGUUUAUCCAUAUCCUAAAUUGUUUGUUCUGCAUAUUAUGUAUCUAUAGUAAAAUACAGUUCAAAAUAAUAAAACUUAAAAUAAUGGUUUCCAUUAACAAAUUCAAAUAUUUUUUAAAUCAGCUUUGAAAAACACAACUUAUUGAACUAAGAAAAACUUUCAUACCUACAAAUUAUUGGUGUUAGUUGGCAAAAAAAAAAAUUAUGGAAUUUGAGUGCUAAGUAACCUCGUUUCUAAUUGUAACCAUAAGUAAAUUAGUCGCACUUACAAGAUGUGCAAUGCAUUUCUAAGGAAGUAUUGGUAUGAGGUGUAUGGUUUAUUGUAUGAUGCUUUUUAGUAGUUUCAAAUUUAUAGUAUCAGUUGUUACUGUUUAAUAUUUAAUUUAUUAUUUAUUACUUAUUACUCUAUAUUAUGUAUUUUUACUAACUGUAUUAGUGACCAGGGUCUAGUAUUCGAAAAUAGAGCCCCGUUAUAUACUUUACAUAAUUUGUGUCCUACAAUAAUGUUUAUUUUUUUUAUAUAUAAAAAAAAUAUUGUCCUUUGCCCCUGGAUUUAUUGUUCUACUCUAUUUACAAUAUGUGUCAGUAUAAUAAUUUAAAAAUCAUACAACUAUACUGUAUUUAUGCAAAUUUGGUUUAGUUGUAAGUUUUUUCUUUAAUAUUUAAUAGGGAAACAAUACUCUGUAGUAAUUAUAAUAUUAUAUAUAUAUAUAUAGUUUUUUUUUUUUUUAAUUUGUUUACUUAUUAUUUUUAUUUAGGCUUUGGCAUGUACUAAUCAUGUUAUUAAUGACAAGAAAAUUGACCCCAAGAAAGCCAAAGCGCGGCAUGUAAAAUUAUUUGUUGGGGGAUUGUCUCCUGAUCUUACUGAUGAUGAUAUUAAAGAUUAUUUUAAACGUUUCGCUCCCCUUGUAAAUGCUGAAAUGCCAUUUGAUAAGGUUAAAAACCAACGAAAAGGUUUUUGUUUUGUCACAUUUGAUUGUAUGCAGGCAGUUACUGAAAUAUUGAAAACGCCAAAACAUGUGAUCAAUGGCAAACAAGUAAUUAAUUGAUUAAGAAUCUAUGAAAAUGGCUAAACAUAUUUUAUUAUUUUAUUGUUAUUUAUUAGGUUGAUGUAAAAAAAGCAGCAUUAAAAGUUGAGCCUUAUGGAAUGAUGCCAGGUGCAACAGGACCAAUGAGAGGAAUGCGAGGAAAUCUUAGGGGCCGAGGAAGUAGAGGAGGUAGGGUUUUGUAAAUUUAUAUUCUGUUUUUUUUUUUUUUUUUUUUUUUUUUUUUUUAAACAUUCAUAAUAUAAUCAUAAUAAAUAACAGGUUUCCUACCACAAUCUGGAUAUGCCCCUGGUGCUCCUGGUUACGGCUAUGGAGGUAAAUUAAUUUUUAUUUUAUAUUAUACACUAUUAGGAUUCUCAAUCAAUUUUCUGAAUAUCAAAGUGGUUUUUCUAUAUUGUAUCAUAUCGAAAAACUAUAACACUAUCGAUCAAUAUUCGCAUAUACUGUAGUGAAAAAUUAAAAUAAAUGUUUAAUUUUAUAAUUAACCACUAAACAAAUAGUAAUAUUUGUUAGUUGAUCUGUACAGCUUUGCCGAUGCACGGUAUUGAAGGAAAACAAAUAUUAAUAACCAUUUUUUUUUCAUCUGUAUCAUCAAGAAGACAUAAAAAAAAUACAUAUUGAUCUAUUCUUUAUUUCUGUAUUUACAUUUUCUAUUCCUUUGCUUCACAAUUUAUAGACCUCUGUACACUAUUAUAAAAAUUAGGUUAUGUUAAUCUGUGUAUUAACAUAUUCUGUAUAUGAAAUUCCAACAAUAAAAAUCUAAAAAUACUUAUAUACUAUUAAAAUUUUGAUUUAAAAAAAAAUCUUUGAGAUGAAAUACAUUUGAGAGCCCAUUAAUAAAUUGUAUUAACUCAUAAAUUUAUAUAUUUAUAUUUUUUAAUCUAUUAUUUCAGGAUUUGAUUAUUAUAACCAAUAUAGUGGAUAUAAUCCAGAUUAUAGUUACAGUUAUGGCUAUCCAAGUUAUGGUGCUGGUGCCGGAGCCGGUUAGUAUGAUUGUUUAUAAUUUUAAUACCUAGGUUAUUCAUGAAAUAAAUUUAUAUUACUUAAAGAUUACCAGUACGGAGGCUAUGAACCACCUACGCCACGCGGUGUUCAUGGAAAUCGUGGAGGAAAAGGUAAAUGAUAGCCAUUGAUUAAAUUUCAAAAUUAUUGAACAUAUGUAAAAUAAAAUUAUACUUUUUGAGAAUUAAUAAUUUUAUACUAGAUAUAUGUUUGUUAUUUUUAUCAUUAAAAAUUCAUAUUUCGUAAUUAUCUACUCUCUGUAUUAUUUAUUUAAUUUAUUUGAUAUAUAAUCAAUGUUAUUAUACAAUGAAAUUGUUUAUUGAAUCAUUUAAAUACCAUAUCAAAUGGGUUGUGUAAUAAAAGGCAUCAAAACAUAUUACAAAUUUACAGAUGUAACUUUCAAUAUUUAUUUUUAAUACAUGAUUCCUAAAUCAAUGAUUUAGUGGUUUUAACUGUUUUAGGGAAAGUAAAAAAAUAAAAAAACAUUUUUGUAUUCUAUAUUUAAAGACAAUAAGUGUUUUCAAGUAAUGGGAUAUUUCUUGUUUUUAUUUUAAUGACUGUUUUGAAAUAAUUAUAUUAACUUGCUUGAUGGGGUUUGAAAAAAAAAACCAUUUGUAUUGUAUAUAUCAUUUUAAUUAAUUGAACUUUACUAAUGUUCUGUUAUUGAUAAGAAUUGAAUUUGAAUAAAAAUUAUUAUUAAUCUUAAAAAUAAAUGUAUUUUAUUAGAUUUUCCUCAAAGAAAACCUGUCAAGACGUCUGCUUAAAUGCCUAUUGCCGAGCCAUUUACACAGUCAUCAUAUGCCAUACUGUUUUGCGUGAGCAGUAUUGUUGAUUUCGUUUUGCUUAUGUACAAUAAUAUAUAAAUAAAAAGUUAAAUAAAAAAAAAAAUUAUAAAAAUUGGAUCCUUUGGCUAAAGUGUAUAAAUACUUGGACUAACGUCUAUCAGGGUCUAACAUAUAAUGAUGUGUAUGUAUUGUAUGUACAUAAUAGAAUGCCUACAACUUGAUGUAUAUCUCAAUUUUUUUGUGUAAUUUUUUUUAUUUAUUUAUAUUUUGUACUUUUUUUUUUUUUUAAUACAAAAUAAGUCCAUAGAAUUAUUUUUUCAAUAGGGUGUGCACAUGUUUAUCCUUCCUGUACUUUUUGUGAACAGUUUAUAUUUUUUUAUUACUGUACAUUUAAAGAAGGAUGUAUUAACAUUAGAUUAUAAUAAUAUAAUUUUUCAAUUUUUGGCAGAAUUAUUACACUACUAAUAUACUUUAUAUAUAAAACAAUUAAAACAAAAAAAAAAAAAAUUGAAUAAAUUGUGUAAUUUUUAAAUUUAAUUAAUUCAUUUAAUGAAAGUUUUGCGGUCAUAUUAGACUUUACAAUAAACAAACAUUAUAUGCUAAAACUGAAUUUGUAUUCAUUGUUGACCAGUAAUACUCUGUUCUCCAUUUUUUUUUUUUUUUUUUUUGACAAAUUCAUAUAUUCCCUUCAGUCCAUCAUCUAUUCCAUUUUUUCCAGGAUACCUUUCAAUUCGUUCUCUGUAAUCU